UUAUUAUUAUUAUUGUUGUUAUUAUUUCAUUAUGCUUAAAAAACUAUUUCAAUCAAAGAGAAGAAAGCAGUCUAAUAAGCAAAAAGAUAACCCAAAAGUGGCAAUGGACCCCGCUUCAUUAGCUAUACUCGACAGGCACUUUUCCCCACUAUCUUUUCAAGUAAAAUCACCUUCCAGUGUACUCGAUAUCGUUGGAUACCCACGGUUAACCGUCAGAAAUGUUGUUACUCCUGAUCAGAAACCAGCUCAGGAACAGGAACAUGAAAAGACACUGCUGGAAGAACAAGAUACAUUAGAUGAAAUGACUCAGCUACAUCAAAGGCUAGAAGAAUUUGAGCGCGAACGAGACCUCUGGCAUCGAAAAUUACAAGAAUAUAUGUUACGCGAAGAGCAACUUCGAAAAAUAAUACAAAACAAUCAGAUCCAAAUUAAUCAGCUAAGAAAAAGAGUCAGUUCGCACUCUUGGUCCGAUGAGAUCUACAAUAGCAGAAUGUAUAAUAAUAGUGAUGGUAGUGAUAGUGACAAUGAUGACCCUAAUGAGGAGGAUUUAUAUUACUGCUAUUACCCACUUAGACGCAGACACAGUUACUAUUCUCCUUAUCCCUACGCAUACUAUUAUUAUCAAUAAAUUAUACCAUUUUUUUUUGGCUCGAAAUUGGGGAUUGGGGAUCAAGGCGGAUCACCUUCCAUAGGAGGAAGGUUCACCGCGGCCAGACCGUCACGGUGUUAUAAAUAAAGCAGCCAAGUUCCCUAUUUUCCCUUUUCUUUUCUUUUUUAUUUCUUAUAUUCACACACACACUUUCUUUUGAAUACUUUAUAAAGAUGGCUCCUGUUGUUACUGCUCCCGUUGACCCUAAUGCUCCUGUCGAAAAGAAACCUAUUUCAUUCAAGAACUUGCUUUUAGGUGCAUGUAAGCUGAGUUAUAUAAUUUGAUUCUCCCUUCUCGGUGUUUACUCAAUCACUUCAUACUAUUUUAG